AGUUGCCAUCGCCAGUUGCCAGUUGCCAGUUUCCAGUUGCCGGGGUGCAUUCAUAGUUCAGUCGUGGCGAUCGCCAGGUGAACGAAGGUUGUGUCGCGCAGAGCUGAAAAUCUAAAGUCGGAACUACAUUAGGAGCCAUGUCGGGGAAACUGAUCAUGAAACGCAAACGAGCUAGCCAGGAGGAGCAGCAGCAGCAGCAACAGGGACAGGAGGUCCAGCCGCAACAACAGCAACAUAGGCAGCCGGAGGAUAAUGUCCCAGUUCCAGAGAAACGUCAUCGUCCUCUGACGCCUCCGGCUGAGGAGGAAACGGCCGGAUAUCAGACUCCUCCAGAUGCCCCCAAUCGUAUCCUGCUGGAAGCCCUCCAGAAGAUCAUGGAGCUGCAAUCCGAAUUGGAUGCCUUCGAGCAUGAUCUUGACGAUAGAGACGAUUACGAAGCAAUCGGAGAGGAUGAGGAUGAGGAAGCCAGUGCUGAGGAUGCGGAAGUGGCUGCACAAUUCGCCCAGCCCACACCCGCCCAGCGAAGUCAGGCGGAGGCCCUGGGCUUUGCUAUGUGCGCCAGGGAAACCCUGCUCUUCCUGCAAAGCGAGGGCAUACCCACCGAGUCCCCACUGUACCAGACCCUGUUGGGGAAGUUGGUUAGCCAGAGCGAUGGCCUACUGCAGGCCUAAGCCAGAGUGGAGGCCACGAGCCUCCUUCUGAGCCAGAUUCUAGUCACCCUUUGCUGCGAUCUCAUUGCAAGUAAAACCCGAGAGAGAGAACUAAAUAGAGUAGUCCCAGGGUUGGCCAAAUUUCACCCCCUAGUGGGGUGGAAAAUGUUCAUCCCGGGGAUCUUCGUAAUCCUAAGCUGUUUAUUCUAGUCAAUUAUUGUGAAGCAAUAUAAAAAGA